AUGCCCCCCAAUCACCUCGCCUCUUGCCAUCCCGUUCCCCCUCUUGCCAUCCAGUUCCCCCUCUUGCCAUCCCGUUCCCCCUCGUGCCAAUUCGUUCCCCCUCUUGAUAUCCUGUUCCCCCUCUUGCCAUCCUGCUCCCCCUCUUGCCAUCCCGUUCCCCCUCGUGCCAUCCCGUUCCCCCUCUUGCCAUCCUGUUCCCCCUCUUGCCAUCCCGUUCCUGCCAUCCCGUUCCCCCUCUUGCCAUCCCGUUCCCCCUCGUGCCAUCCCGUUCCCCCUCUUGCUAUCCCGUUCCUCCUCUUGUCAUCCCAUUCCCCCUCUUGCCAUCCCGUUACCCCUCUUGCCAUCCCGUUCCCCCUCUUGCCAUCACAUUCCCCCUCUUACCAUCCCGUUCCCCCUCUUGCCAUCCCGUUCCCCCUCUUGUCAUUCCGUUCCCCCUCUUGCCAUCCCCCCCUUAUGCAUAUCAUCCCCACCUCCUUCCUUCCCCUCCCCCCUUCCUUCUCUUCCCCCCCUCCCUCCCCCUCCCCCCUCUCCCCUUUCAUCCCCGUUCUGCCCAUCCCUGACACCAGUGCAUAUUGCUGGUGGAGGCCAGAGGGGGCGUUGUAUCGGUGGGGGCGUUGCCCCGAUCCUCUUCUGGGCCAUGUGGUGGUCGUGUUGGAGUAG